AUGGCGGUGCAGACGGGACAGCAGGAACAGGGUGGCCUCUACAUGCAGAGCGGAAUCCCAUGCUGUGCGCCCUUCGGCAGCUGUGCUUCAGAGGAAGUCGUGGUGUGCACGGGUGGUGGCGAGGUCGAGAAUGUCGAGGGCUUCAUGCAUAUCAUCGAUGAGGAGGAGGAUGUGCCAUUGCUGUCAUGCACACGUGGCCUCGUGACCAUUGCCGACUAUGUCACGGAGCAGCCAGAGGAAGAUGGAGUCGAUGCCUUCCCACUGCCUCACCCUGCGACGUCCUCUAUGCCGCCGGACGGAUUCACCGCUACCGUGGCCACCCAGAGUGUCACGUUCACCGCCGUGGUGCCUGCCGAUGGUUUACCGAUCCUCGUCGAGAUCCAGGACUUCAAGCUGGAGGUGAAAGCACCCCCGGAGUCCCGGCCGGGUGAGCGGGUGACCUUCGACCUGAGCGCACCUCCCAAGUACGAGGUGAAGGUGCCCCCAGGCUUCAGCUCAGGUGGCUUCAUCCGGUACUUGGACAGCCAAGGCAGGUCUCUGCAGUUUCAGAUUCCAGCAGGCAAAGGGCCUGGCGAUUCCUUCACGGUCUUGCCCACAUGCAUGGUCGUGCAUGUGCCACCUUCGGUGCAGGCUGGGGAGUUUCUGGCCUUCAAAGGCCAAGGCCACUGGAAAGAGAGAUGGCUUGCGGUCAUGGUCCCCCACGAGAUCGCACCCGGAGGCCACUUCCCUGUGAGGCUGCCUCCCAAAUGCGACAAGCAGCGGACAGGUACCUUGACAAACAAGGACCUCAUCAACGCCAUCUCCGUCUUUGGCUUCAAGGUGCACCUCAUGGGCUGCUCUUCGAGCACGGUGACUGAAGAGUUUGGUGGCAAGCACUCCGCGCGUGUGGCCGACUGCAGCGUCAACUUCAAGGACGGCCAGGAGAUUUCCUGCGACUUCAAGGAGGGUCUGCUAAGCUUCGAGUCGAUGUCAUGUACGGAGGACUGUGAUAACCACCCCGGGCGGCCGACCAAGGCCACGCACAAAUCGCACAUGGCCCGGCUGGACAAGUACCUGAAGCUGAUUCAGAAAGAUCCCGAACUUCUGAACAAGGACGUCCGAUCCGAGCACUUGAUUCAGGCAGAGCGGAGCUCGCCGGCCAAGUUGCGGAUCCCUUCAGAGAUUCUGCGGGGCAUCGCCAAGCGCUGUCACGGCACACUCGUCGCACCGAAGGCCGAAAAGGCCAUGCACACGCGGCCGGGCCCACAAGGUUGGAGCCAGUGGCCCGUGACGGUCUCAGCGCAAGCCACGGCGACUGCGCCACAAGUUCAGGCGGUGGUGUCACGGAGUCAGGGCCCAGCCGGCCCAGCACCGCCCUUCCCGUGCUUACCAACUAGCUUGAGCAGGCAGCAUUUGCCAGAUCGGGAGCCAGGCUCUUUCACCCCUCCUGCCGGCGUGACCGGCUUCGGCCCUCCGAGCCGUGUCCCCAGCCGCCAGGGGACGCCGCCCUCGACAGCCCGUGCGACAUCUCCCGAGAACCCCACCGCCGUCAUUGUGGCAUCCAAUCAGGGGUUAUCCUUCCCACGAUCGCCGGGCAAAACGCGGACGGGACAAUCGGGUCCUGGGUUGCCCAGUGGCAGCGCAAAGACGACUCCGAAGCCUGCAAAUCGUCAGGUGCUAUCCUUCGUACCCGGGCGCUCGGCGGGCGCUGGAGGCACCUCUCAGCGACAGGCCCAGCACGGAGCGUCCUCGAACCCCUCGGGCGGCUCGGGCGUCUACCUUCCAGGCGACGGCGAGCUCCGGGCCACUCCAGCCGCCCCGACCGCCCCGACCGCCUCGAAGGCGCUCCGCUCCGAGGCACAGAGCGGUGCCGCUCUGCGGGGCGCCUCGGCGGGCCGAGCUGCCAUGGCUCUGGACGCUCGAGCAUCGCCCCGGGUCACCAAUGAGUUCCGGUACUCGCACAGCCUGAUCGACGCGACUGGUCGGUCAGAUGAGGCCUCGCGCCAUUCAGACGAGACCAUACCGGAGGCUGCCUGGCCGGGGCCGGAGCGUUUGCUCCAUGCCACGGAGGAGUCCUUGGAAGACGAGCGUGCACGGCUCCAGCGCGAGCUGCGCAUGCGAGAGGCGCGCUGCAUGGAGCUGCAGGAAAGGCUGGAGGGCCGCGAGCGCAACGUGACCGCCCGCGAGUCCGACCUGGUCUCUCGCGAGAAGCGUGUCGCUGACAGGGAGGCCGACUUGGCGAAGAUGUUCGAUCGGCUCACGGAGCGCGAGGAGCAGCACCGGAAGGAAAGCCAAAGCCGCCUGGCAGAGCUCAGCUCCAAGGAGGAGGGCCUGAAACAGCAGCUUCAGGACGCCCGGAACCGCAACGCCGACCUGCACUGCCGGCAAGCAGACCUGGACCAGCGCGAGGCCAAGCUGCGAGCCGAGGAGGAGCGCUGCCGGGAUCUCAAGCGUGGCCUUGACGAGCGGGAUGCUCGUUGGCACGAGGCUGCGAAGGAUGCCUCGCUGGUGCUGAAACCGCACCUGAAGCAGCGCAUGUCACCCCGCGGCAAAGAGAAUGUCGAGCUGCAGCGACAGCUGGAGGAGCAGCGCGGGCUCAUGCACAAAAUCAAGCGCAAGCAGGACAGCUGGGCAGCCGAAGGCUUGGAGGAAAGCCGUGGCCACCGAGACAGCUUCGGAAGUGAGGAGACGGUCACCGGCCCCAGCUACUGA